AGGAAUACCCCUGACGUCAUACCAAAACAUGGAAGAAAAUCAGAACAAUCAUGUAAACAACGCAAUUUACUUUUAACUUUUAACGAUAAUUGCAUAAUUAAUCAGCAGUAGAGAUGUCAUGGUUUUCACCGUUUUCGGAAAACGUUAAAAAAAGACUAUGUCGAUAUCUUUUGAACCGAUAUCUAGGAGAUUUUAUUCAAGAAAAACUUGCGCUCAACCAGCUGAGCGUAAAUCUAUACAAAGGAACUGGCGAAAUAAGAAAUGUUACUUUGAACGUCAAUAACAUAAAUGAAUCAUUAGAUUCAUACAACAUUCCUAUAGAGUUUGUUGAUGGUUAUGUCGGAUUAAUUUCAAUAAGCGUACCAUGGUCAGCUAUUUUAAAAGACAGUUGCGUGAUAGAGAUAAAAAAUUUGGACAUUAUUGUUCAACCGAAACAAAGAAAAGAAGAUAUGAAUGUGCAUUUAGACGAAAUGAUUAACUCAAUGACAACCAGUAUGCAAUUAGCUGAAGACUAUAUGAAACAAGAGCCGGCAACUUCUGAGCAAAAUGCAGAAAAUGCAGAAUCUUUUGUUGGGGUAGACAGUCUAUCACAAAUGAUGGAAUCUGUAUUUACCAAAGUAAAGGUCAUCUUCUCCGAUAUAUUUAUACGUAUUGAACAUCUACCUAAAGCUUCUAAACAAGGAACAGCUGUAGAAAUUCAUAUAAAACGUUUUGAAUUCUUUGAUGAACAGUUAGAAUCUUCUGUAGACGAAGAUCCAACAAAUUUUAGAACUAUGUUAACAAAAAUAUCCAAAAAAUGCAUUUUAAUGGGAGUUUCCGCAUACUGUGAAGAAUUUUUAGACUGUAAUAGAACUAUGUCCAGAAGUUCUUACGACGAAAGUCCAAUAAUCCAACAGCCUAAAUUAGAUUCGGACAAUAAUUUAAAUAAAUCCUCCAAACCAAUACAAAUUCUAGAAUGCCUUGGCAAGCAAGAAAUAAUAUUCAGAUUGAAGCAGAAUCAAGAAAUAAGUGGUCCUAAGGUACAUUCAUUUAAAUAUUUGAUCAGCAUUUCUUGUUACUUCAGUAUUACCUUUUAUUCGCAGAUUCAAAUUGAUUACCAUGUAGGUAGUAUGCAUGCGUAUCUUUCGCCGAAGCAAGUUCAUUUAGUCCUCGAAUUGAUUAACGGAUUAUUAGCACCUGGAACCUGUGAUAAUUCUAAUGUAUUUGAGAAUAGGCCGAUGACUACAUCUGAGUUUGAAGAAUGUGCGAAAAAUCUUGAAAGACAAGUAAUCGAUGCCAAAAUGAGAAAUCAUAUUGCUGGUGCGGCAGGAAACGGCGGAGUAUGGAGAGAUGCUGACUUCAGUUCAAUGGAAUUUGCAGAGCAACCAGAUAGCGAAAGUAUUUAUUUUGAAUUGGAUUCAAAUAACAUGUCUUCCUCAAUGUCAAGCGAUAGAACAACUUCUACAGCAGCAACAGGAUAUUAUAACUAUUCAUCGAAUGUACCUAAAAGAGAUAGAAAUAAAUUACGCGAUGAGCAUUUUUCAUCGGAAAUAACGUUAAGCAAAAUAAAAUUAAACUUAUUAACUAUGGUAAUAUUACACGAAGACCCACCAUCAGAAAAGGGUGACCAAUUAGAUCCAGAAAUUACUUCCUGGCAAAAACUUGGAACUCUUGCAGAAAAAUAUUUUGGUCGAGUAAGGACACUAAAUUGGUCUUGUAGUAAUUCAAACCUUAAGGAAUUAAGAUUAGAGUUUGCUAGAAUUUGCAUAAUGGACCAUUUAUCACUUGUAAUGAAACCGGUAACAAUAGAUUUUAGUCAAACAACGGAUACUACAUAUAACCUCGCAAUUGACGUAACUGUUGGUAAUGGAGAAUUGGUUGAAUGUUUGUACGAGAGAACAGACAUGCUACCAACAGUUAGAGGAGUUGCUAUGCACGUAAACCCAGAUACACCUGAUGUUCUGGAGCUAAUUAAUUUUAAAGAAGCUUCAACCAAAAAAGCAUGCUUUAAAAUGAAAAUCCAACAUGCAGAAAAGACGGAAAAAGUUAAAAAUUUUAGUAUUCCUAAAACCCAGAUUAAAAUUGAUAUGGCUCCUUUUACAUCCGAAAUUGAUAUAAGUUUAAUUGAUAGAAUUCGCUACUUGCUUAACAUGCAAACUCUAUCUGAUAAAAGAUCAAAUUUUGAAGAGGACAUUGAAAAUAAUUGUACUGCAGUCGUUGAGGAAGUAUUUGCAGAAACUUCAUCUGAUUUACAAAUCGACUUCGAAUUGUCUUGUCCAAGUGUUGAACUAGUUCUUAAAUUUCCAAUUGCUGAUCUUCGACCCUCCCAGUGUCCUGAAAAACUGCCUUGGUGGAGGAAGUCUUUACGAGAAGAUCAUUUUAAUAUAUAUUUAACUGAUUUGAGUAUUUUAUCUUCUAUGACCAGUGGCACGACUGAGUCUAAAAUAGAAAUUAUUACUAGAGAAGCUUUAGUCUCCUUCAAGGAUGUUAAUUUUUUAAGGAUAUAUGGUGAUGAAGGCUUUAACUAUUCAAAAAUUAUUUUAAAAUUCUACUCGAAACAAUCAAAUUCCCUCGUUGAAUCCGAAGAAGAAAGCGAAGAUUCAACACCCAAUUCCUAUAAAGAAGAAUUUUGUAAGUUCUCACAGAGGGAUCCAUCACCGUUCUCAACAAAGAGGAGUUUAUUUGAGAAUGAGGAGAUGAUAAUACCUGGAAAUAAGAAGGAACUAAGUGCUUUCGAAUAUGUAGCCAAAUCUAAUACCCAAAUGAGUAUUGAGUUGGAUUUAUCUCAAGUUGCAAUAUUUUUUCCAUCCAAAGACCUGUUUGAAGAAAUUUACAAUAGAUUUAUUAACGAUUUACUUAUGUGGCAAACAACACCUAUUGAGAUAAUAGACAAACAAGCUUUCGAGGAUGAUAAACGAGAUUUUUCAACAACUCAUCAAUACCAAUAUAAUUCUAUAUAUCCUCUUUCCAGUAGAGAUAACUUUUUCUCGAUGGACAAUGCAAGUUCAAGUGAUUCAGAAGAAUCACUUCCUACUUUGGAUGAGCAUAAAAGUAGAACUAGAAAAUCUUGUAAACAAAACAACUUGUGUGUAACAAUAAACAUCAAUAAGGGAAAUUUGAUAGGUUUUUGCGAUAUUGAGAAUGAUACCCAACAUUUUGGACAAUUUCAAAUAUCUAUGGAAGACGCAACAUUCUUUCUUACUUCCGCUUUUGGAGGAGAUGCAAAUUUGGAUUUUAUGUUCUUUUCUGCACAUAGAGCAAAUCUUUCGCAUAAUGUUCUUGAAAAUAACGAAUUAGAAAAGAGUAGAGUCUCUAUAUAUACUGAAGCUUCGCCUGAGUUAUUGAAUACUAUAUUCCUGUCUGAAACGAAUAUAUUGGAGUGUUCUAAUCUAAAAAUAAAUCAGUGUGACGGUGACCUGGUUGACAAUCAAGUUGUUGUUGCUGUUAAGAUAUGCCUUGACCCGACAAGAAAUGUUAAAGAUGUUUUGACAUCUGUUGGCAUAAAGGGGUCUACUCUUCGUCAUCGUGUUGUAACUUCCGAAAAUUGGUGGAUAACGCAAUUAAUGGAUUUUUUAAGUUUGAAAGAUAUAGAUAUAUAUGGUUAUGUUCCUCCAAACGUUGUAUCUGAAACUCAUAUCCACGUUUGGAAUUGUGGUAUAGAUUAUAGACCGCUUUCCCUUCCCUUAAGAGCAUUUAUCACAUUGGAAUCAUUCUCAUUCUCAAGCAACAUCAUUGCCGAAUCUUACGGCACUUCUAUGAGAUUUAUUAUUCAAGAUGGUGCUUUGCUAUUAUCCGACAGAUGUAAAGAAGUAUCUGUUAACUUACAGAAUAAUUACACUUGCGUAUUAGAUAUUGGGAUGCUGGAACUUAUUAUUCGUAUGCAUAAAAAUACUACUUCGAAAUAUCCUCCUUUUGAUUUACGGAUAAGUAAUAAUUUGAUUCGGUUGAGAACUUGUGCAGAUUCGUUUCGAGCUCUCACCGAUAUAAUUCAGUAUUUUGCUAUGGAAUAUGAUCUUGAUCCCGAUGAUACUUUUUCAGAAAUGACACAAUCUAAUAAUACUGUUGUAUCAAAGAAGUCGACCCCAGAUAUUUCUGAAGAAGAUAUGGUUGAAUUAAGAGAUUUAAUGGCUGACGCUAUUAAGGAAGAAGACAGUGAUAACGAAAAAGAAAUCGAGGCGAGGAGGCUUUCUUGUCCGUUGGAAAGUGAAACUUCAAUAUUUUCUAUGGAACAUGAUUUAACGGGGAACUUGGAAACCUCUCAUUCUGGUGAUGAUUUAGCAAGAGAAUUAAUGAACGCUAGUUUGGACGUUGGUUUAAUGAAUGAAGAAAUGAAAGCUGCUGAAAAGAAAACUUCCCGACAAAGUGUAGAUCAUACAGAAACAUCUGAUGGUUUCUGUACAUUGAAAACGAGAGAGGCCAAAGCCAGGGAUGCUCGGGACGUUAUUAAUAAUGUUAAAGUUCUGUCAGAAUCCCCGAUAGAGUUUGUUGAAGAUCACUUCGAUACACCAGACGGACAGAGAGAUGCUUUAGACGCUCCGGAUGAUUUCCCUAAUCCUCUAUCUCGUUUUACAAUACGAGAUAUUUCUAUUGUGUGGUAUUUAUAUGGGGGAAGGGAUUUUGCUUCGGAGUACAUACCAGCUUCAAAGUGGAAAACUCCUCAGUCGUAUGUUUGCAAGAAAAAAUACCGUAAUAAUCAAAAUUCUAUGAAUUGGCAAGCAGCUGGAGGAUGUCGUCGAAAGCAUGAUAUUUUAAUGGAGUUCCAUUUGAAUAAAGUAAGGUUUAGGAGUGAAAGCUAUCCAGAAAAUAAAGUACAAGCUGCACGCUAUAUACUCCUUGUGGAUGAAUUUGAAAUUCGGGAUAGAUUGGAAUAUUCAAAUUUCAAUAAGUUCUUAUAUCUACACACAACACAGGACAGACCUAAACCAUCAAAUGGAAAUAUGAUAGCAAUAAAGGCUUUGUUUGAUCGUCCUGAUCCUAAUGAUCCGACUCAGGAGUGUUCUUUAAAAAUCUCUCUUCUUCCCCUUCGACUAAAUAUUGAUCAGGAUGCUCUGUUUUUCUUGCUAAGUUUCUUUCGUGAAGUAGCAAAUAAUCCAACAGAGAGUAAAAUAGAACCAUAUCCAAAGGGAACACCACCAGAUAAAACUCCUAUUAUGACCGUUGGAGGAACACCACCUGGUGGACCGAACGAAUCAGAUUUAAUGAUAAUGUUCGAUGAAAUAGAAGGUACUAUGCAAGACGAUAAGGCGUCAGUGCUAAGCGAUGAAUGCAGUUCAAAGCCAAUCUUUUUCAGAUCAUUCCUCUUUAGUGGACCAGUUAUCGUCAAAAUUGAUUAUCAAGGGAAGAGGAUAGAUAUGGAACAAGGACCUUUGGCUGGAGUGCUUGUCGGUUUAGCCAACUUGAAUAACAGCGAAAUUAGACUCAAAAGUCUACACUAUAAGGCAGGACUGAAGGGAAUUGAGAAGAUUGUGGAAUACGCUUGCAGAGAAUGGCUGCAAGAUAUCAAAAAGUCUCAAUUACCUGCUCUAAUUGGAGGAGUAGGACCCUUGAAUGCUUUUAUCCAUAUAUUCAAAGGGGUUCGAGAUCUCUUCUGUCUUCCAGUUGAGCAAUUUCAAAAAGAUGGAAGAAUAAUCGAAGGUAUUAGACGAGGAACUUAUUCAUUUACAACUGGUACAGCUAUGGCUGCCUUAGAGCUGACAAAUCGACUAAUUGGAGUUGUUCAAUCAGCCGCGGAAAUGACGUAUGAUUUAGUAACCCCUGGUCCAAGUGUUAGAUAUAGUAAAAAAAGAAAAAGACGCCGUCGCACACAGCCAGCCGAUGUAAGAGAAGGUGUUGCUAACGCAUAUCACGUUCUAACGGAUGGCAUUAAAGGGACUGCAAAAAAUAUAUAUGGUAGUGCAAAAAGGGAGCACGAACAAAAAGGUGUUACUGGUGCUGUUGGUGCAGUAUUGAGAGAGUUACCUCCUACAGCAAUACAACCAUUUAUCUUUAUACCAGAGGCAACGUCGAAUGUUCUAGGUGGUAUGAGAAACCAAUUACUACCCGAUAAAAAAAGAGAAGAAGAAGAAAAAUGGAAAGAAGACAAGGAAGACUGAUUUUUUUCUGUUAGUAUUACUAAUAAAUAACUGGUUUUCUCUUAAAAAAAAGAAGAAAAUAAGAAAAGAAAUUGCUGCGUAAAAAACAUUUUCUUUAUGGACUUUUUUUAAAAAGUUCACAUUUAUUAAACAUGAGAAAUUUAUUAUCCAAAACGCUAAAACAUAUGAAAGAUUAAUGUUUUUUUUUGUUCCUUAUUGGCAUUAAUUGCAAAUUAUCUAUCUGCUAAGAUUAAUUCGUCUUUCAUUUUAAAGAAGGAGAGAAAAAGGAAGGAAAAAAGAGAAAAAAAAAACAAAAUGAAACUGUUAAACUGUUUUUUUUAUGACGAUGAUGAUGAUAAAUACAUACAGUCUAUAUACUAAUAUAUAUAUAUAUAUAUUUUCAUAUGAUAUAAAUAUAUAUAUAUAUAUAGUUUAUAUGUUUUGUUUGUUUAAACAAUUUUUGUUUUCACGUGGCAUUGCAAAAAAAAUAGAAAAGCUUAUAUAUACGGUAUAUAUAUAUAUAUAUGAUAGUAUAUAAAUAUAUGUUAUAUACCAUAUUAUAUACUUAUUCACAUCUCAUUUCUUAUCAUAUCUUUAUUAUCACUCAUCGAAAUCUCUUAUUACAUAUCUAGGUAUGGAGUGUGUAUUUUUUCUAGUCUAUUGAAAGAAUAUAUUAGGAUAGUCUCUUUAUAAACUUUUGUGAAAUAACUUGACAAUUGAAAUUACUGAUAAGAUUAUUCAGUUAUGGUCCAAUAAGUCAUUUCAAUCGUUAAGGCGAUUAAUAAUCAUUCUUUCAAUGAAAUUGUAGCGAUCGUCUUUCCUACAAAAUUCAGCCAACUUAUAUAAUCCUGCUAUACCAAAUUUUCUCAAAAAACUUAUUAAAUAUUCGACUUUUGCUUUUCGAUUAGGCCUAGACCGGAGAUUAUUUAUCGUACAAUACCCGAAAUCUGAAUCUCUAUAAAGGAUAUCAAUAAAUUUUUUAUCAAUGCUUAAAGUAUCCAAUAAAAUAGUCUUUAACUCUAUCCAAACUUGAUUUGUAUCAAUCGGCUCUCUCUUCUCACUUUCAAUUCGUACUAGUUCCGGUUCUAAUACGUUAAGAAGUCGCCUUAAACGAAAUUGUAGACUUUCCGAGUAUUCGUAGUAAGACCCUUCCACUUGAAAGUCAACUUUAAGUAAAUCAUAAUUUCUUUUGAUAGUGGUUAAUUUUUCACAAUCGGUUAAAUUGAGGUUGUUUACGAGGUUCGUAAUAGAUUGUUUGUCUAGACCAUAAUCCGUUGAGUAGUCGUCAAUAUGUCUUAAUAGUUUCUUUUGCCGUCUAAUAGUUGUCUGAGAUGUUGUCAUCAUGUGUUUACUUUGCCGUAUGAUCUAUCGCUGUUGCUAACAAUUGAUUUUUUUUUAAAUCGUGUCAAGUGAUGACUAUUCCAA